CAUUUCGUGCAUUUUUUUUAUCAUCACCGCUCAACAACUCUGGUUGUCAAGGACAUUAUUGUCGAACAGUCUUUGAUGGUGAGCAACGCGUGUACGGACGCCAUCGUCGACAUGAAGUUCCAACCUGUGAGGCAGCCCUCUGAGGGCGUCAUACGAGCACAGCUGAAGCGACUCGUCCCGUUUUGCAUUGUCGGUAUAUUCUUCAUGCUCUACCGAAAUGCGAUUGCGGGCGUAUCUGGGUCCGACAAUUCGAUAUCUCUCGUUGACAAGAUCCCCCGAAAGAUCUGGCAGUCGUGGAAACACGAUCCGUUCGGAAUGGAACUGAGAGACUCAGAACGAGCCAAGACCUGGACGACGAAGAACCCAAACUACCGAUACGAGGUGCUCACAGACGACAAUGCCAUGCCAUAUGUGGAAUAUCACUAUGGUCCGCAUGGACUGAACCGCCCAGACAUUGUGCACACCUACAGAACUCUCAGCGACAAGAUCAUCAAGUCUGACCUCCUACGUUACUUGAUCAUGUACGCCGAGGGUGGUGUCUGGGCCGACAUUGACGUUGAAGCCUUGAAGCCUCUGGACAUGUUUAUCCCGGACCGUUUUGAUGAGCGGGACGUGGACAUGAUCGUGGGAGUGGAGACCGACAUGCCCGAGUUCGCCUCGCAUUCACUUUUGGGGUCCAAGUGCCAGUCUUUCGUCCAGUGGACGUUCGCCUGCAAGCCUCGCCUGCCCGCCAUGAUGAGGUUGAUCGACGGCAUUCUGGCGUGGUUGAACGACCUAGCCAAGAAGCAAGGCAAGCCCAUCUCGGAACUCGAACUGGACUUUGACGAAGUCAUCAGCGGCACGGGUCCCUCGGCCUUCACCAAGGCCAUCCUCGCGGAGAUCUCCAAAAUCAGGGGACAAAAGACCACGUGGGACACGUUCCACAACACGCUCGAGGCCAAACUGGUCGGUCGGGUGCUGGUCUUGACGGUGGAAGCCUUCGCCGCUGGCACUGGACACUCUGACUCGGGCAACCACGGCGGCAAGGGCGCGCUCGUCAAGCACCACUUCCAUGCCUCGUCGUGGCCCACGAGCCACCCUCGCUACAAGCAUCCCGUCUACGGCGAGGUCGAAAAGUGCAACUGGAACUCCGAGUGCGUCAAGCUGUGGGACGCCAACACCAAGUUCUUCGACUCGCUCCCCGCGCAGGAACAGGUCAAGCUGAUCGCGAUGAAGGAGCUCGAGGACGCCAACGCCCCCAAGCCCGAAGAGGAGGCGCCCUUUGGCGCCGGCGUGAACCGGCAGCCCGACGGAGGCGUCCCCUUCCAGCAGGCCCCUUUCGGCCAGGGCAACCAGCCGCCGGACGCCGCCUGGUACCCCGAGGACCCUGAGUUCUUCGACGGUCCAGGCCCCAUGCCAGACGCUCAGCCGAACGUGGUGCCAGGGGGCGGCGCUAACAAGCCCGAGGCGAAGAAGCAGCCUGCCGCCGCCGACGAGAAGAAAGCGGAUGGUCCUGUUGCUCCUGCUAAACCCGAAGCGAAGGUCGAGGACAAAAAGGUCGAUGCUAAGCCUGAAGCGAAACCCGAGGCCAAGCCCGAAGCGAAAUCAGAUCCCAACCCGGACGAAAAGAAAGGAGAUGACCCUGUUGCCAAGCCAGAGGAGAAGAAGGACGAGGAGAAACAGGACAACAAGAAGCCUGCAGAUAAGCCUCUAGAGUUGAGGUCGUAGUUGAUCAAUUUCUUGUUUCUCUCCUUUGAGGGCGCUGCAUUUUCGUGGUUGGGUUUUUAUGUUGGAAGGCGAGGGAAGCAAUAACAAAGCACCUCCCGGGAGUUUUAGCUGCAGCAAGGAAAGGAAAAAUGGUCCUGCCAGCCGCGGACGAAGUUUGAUGGUUUUACGACAAUCUUUGGAUACCUUUGCAUUGAUAUUCUUUUACUAUUAACAGUAUACUGGAUGGGAAGCGAGGGUGUUGUUUGUUUUUACUUAGACGGUACUAUGUGUUUGGGUGCUGGAGUUUCGGACUCUCUUG